AUGAAUCCCGAACCAGGAGAGUAUCGAGACUUUCCUGAACCAAAUAUCGUCGUUAAUGACGAACUCGCACAUCCAUUUGAUUCACCGAACCAUGCACAAACCAUCAAUCGACCGUUGAACGAUCUUCCUGAAAUCGAAGAUUCAAGAUUUUAUUCGGAUAUUCCGAUCGAUAAUUCAAUUUCAGCUGAAAACCAGUCCGCCGAUCUCACCGCAGUGAAAAGCUCCAAACUAAACGAACAGUUCGAUGAUUUUCAAGAGAUUUCAUCCGAUCAGGAAGAUCAGUUCUUAACGAAAACAAAACAAAUGAAUUUCGACGAGAAAUUUCGAUAUUUACAGAAAGAAUUUGAAAACACUCAAAAGAUCACCACUCUAUUCCAAAAUCAACUAAUUGAUGUGAAAAAUCUCAGAGACAAAUUGAGCUUCUUCUGCUCGGAAUGUCGAUCGGAGAUCGUCUCGACAUUGAAUAUUCAACAAAAUACCGAGAAUUUAACCGAAUCGCAGUUCGAAAUGUUGACUUCGUAUGCUCCGGAAUCGAUGUUCGUUUCAUCGAUCGUAGCGAAAAGAUUACUCAAUCAAAAAUCGAAUGAAAACCUUGCGAAUGACUAUGAAAUUCGGGUGAAUUACGCUCGAUCGAUAAUGAAGAUUUACAGAGCAACGAAAAAGUUACAGAUUCGGUUAUCAGCAUUGAAUGAUCUUCUAGUCAAAUCUGUCCUUUCGAAAAAUGAACGUUUUCAUGAAAUUGAGCAAUUUACUCUUCUUCCGAAGAAGUUCUUUGAAAGUGUUGACGAUGUUUAUCAAUAUGAAACGACCAAAGAGAAGGUUUUUAUUCGUUGUAUUGACAAACAGAUCAAAGAAAACGAAGUGGAGAUAUUUUGUAUUGAUCAUUGGAAACAUCCUUUGGCACAAAUCAGUUACAAUUUAUCUGAAAAGUACUCAUUUAUAUUCGAUAUUCAUUUUAAACGAGUUAUUACAUCUUAUGAUCAAUUAACUAUCGCCAUUCCGUGUUUUUCACUAUCUUCAACAUCGAAUCAUCGACAAAUGUUUAUUCGCUUGAAACGUUCUAUGGAUCCAUUGAUUCACAUUCCCGCAAGAGUCGAACUGUAUAAUGAAAUUCCUUAUGCAAUCUUUCGUCUGACACAUUCCCUAAGUGACAUCUCAGUCGAAGCAAUUUUCUAUUAUCCAUUCGAAAUCUUAAAAGAAUCUCAGAAUGGUUCAAAUUGCGAUUAUACCUGUGAUCAUUCAUCUGUAUUUCGAAUUGUAACACCGAAAAACUAUUUCAUUCGUUCACCUCGCGUUCGUUUCAUCCCAUUGAAUCAUGAUCUUAUCCAAUGUAUUCACAGUUUGAAAAACGAGGAUCAAUUAUUAUCGUCAUCAGAUCUGAUCGAAAUCCAAUGGUUUAAAGAAAACAAAAUUGAAGGAUUUGUCACCAUAACUCUUCAGUUGACUCGACAUUUCAAUCGGGUUAACCAGGCCAAUGAAGAUUUGCGCAAACGACGUCGAAAAGGACAAAGAAAGAUCCUUUUCCAACGUCAAAAGUUCGAGCAAGAUAAAUACGAUGAAACCGGCAGUACUUUGAGCAUAACACCAACACCAACGAACCUUUCGACUCCAUUGAACGUCAUUUCACAUUUACCAACGUUAUCUUCCAUUCUCGAACGAACUCAGAAUGAUCAGUCUGAAGAGAUAACACGGAAAAAACUGAAUUUCAACCGGGAAAAUAACUCGCAUACGAUAUUCAAGUGGAAGCUGGAUAGUUUUCAAAUUCAAAAUGCUCCUAUAAUUUUACUCGGAUAUAAAAACCGAAAAUGGAAAAAUUGUAACCAUUUAGUGAAAAUUUCGACAACUGAUGACAAAGAUACGUUCGUGAUCCAUUCCGCAAUUUUAUUCGAUCGGAUGAUUCUCAUUCGUUGUUGGCCGGAAUCGACCAGCGAAGGAAAAUUCGACAAAUUAGCAGAAAAUCUUUGGUCCAUGUCAUCAAUGAAACUGUUUUCUUGUGUUCUCGCACGAGAUCCAACAAGUUUAACACGCUACGGACUUGUUAUCAUACCGAUUGAAAAACAACAUCUCGCCGAAGAUCUUCUUCGACAACGAAACUAUACGGAAUGGAUAUUUAAUGAACAAUCCAUCGAAGAAAACGUCAGUCAGACAAGAAUUCAUCAAUAUCAAUCGCAGCACACUUUAUCAUUCAAUGAAUCAGUGAAGAGCAUUUCAAAAUAUGUACAAUUUUGUCUGCAGGAAGGAACUUAUGUAACGAUUUUUCCAACCGGAAAUAUUGAUUUACACGAAAAAGUUGAACUUAAUCUUCGACUACACGCUCAAUAUCCAAUUCUUCUCGAAUUCGACAUUUAUCCAAUUGAUAUUUAUCGUCAGAAGACCGACGAAGACUUCAUUGGUACCUUAGAUAUCUACGAAAUCAAUGAACAUGCGACGGCAUUGAAAUCAAGCAGUAGUACAUUAGCUGCUGCUGCUGCCGCUGUUUCAUCUCGAACAUCGUCUGGUUUUGAGAUCAGUGAAAAUUUGCCAGAGAAUGCAUCGCCUCGUCCAUCGACAACUGGACGUGAGACGCUAAGUGAUAAUCGAUCUGUGACUUUCGAACGGUUGACACUGCGUGAUCUGAAAGAAACCAGUCUGAUCUGUAAAAUUUCAAUUCGUCUUCCCAAACACGCUUUCCGUUCACCAUCAACACAACUAAAUACAAUUCCAAUAGAAAUUCCACAAUUUUUUCACGAAGUCAUUCAAUCCCUAACCGAAGGUAAACAGGAGUUCGCUCAAGCAUUGAACAUCCAUCCAUCGUUAAUCAACUCCCUUCUAACAACAUCAAUACCUUCUCAGCAACGAACCCAAUCGAAUACAUCUCUUCGCGGCCAAUCGCGAACGAAUUUAUUCCUCGAGUCUUUACCAAAGAGUACAAUCGAAAGUGAAGCGUUAAUUAAAUGGUUCAAACGACAAAAUGCCUUUCAACUGACUGAAAUUCUCGAGAAAAUCAUUUCUGCAUUGAUCCAAAUCGGUCGAAUUGAUUUAGCUUACACGUUUAAGAUUACAAAUCUAAAAAAUAAAUGCUCGUAA